AUGUCUUUUGAGGUGAAGAAAAGAAAAUUGUAAACUUAACCUCCGGAAGUGCAAAAGUUGUUAAUAGGAGAUAACAUGGAUUAUAGGAAUAUAGAAAUCGUUUAAUCAAAUAAACCAUUAAUAUUGAGUCCUGACUUGGGUAUAAUUGUAGAGAAAUUCAAUCCUUUGUAUGAAAUUGCAUUUGAGUUUUUGAUGUGUGUAGCUGAACCAAUAAGCAGAUCAGAGUUGAUUCAUGAAUAUGUAUUGACUUAGAUGAGUAUGUAUACCGCCAUGGUGCUCUAGUAUUCAGCAGAUGAUAUAAUUAGGCUAUUAGAUCUAUUAUCAAAAAAUAAGGUUCCUUAGAGAAUGGAAUAAUUUAUAAGACAUCAUACGAAUAACAUUGGAUAAGCGAAAUUCUUUUUGCAAGACAAAAGUUAUUAUAUAGACAUUGGUGAAACAGUUUUGAAUUAAAUAAUGAUGAAUUUGUAGGAUAAGAAUAGUUUGUAAGAGGUAAUCUAAGAAGAAUAGAUUAUUCAUAAUAUUUAAGUGAAUCCUUAGUUGAAGAAUUUUGAGUAAUAAAUAGAGUUAAAGGAAGCAGAUAUUGAAUAAAUGGCAAAAGAGAUUGAUACAUUUAAGGAUUGGUUGGCUUAAGAUAAAAUACAGACUAUCAAAUUCAAACGAUUCAGAAUAGUUGGAGAUUAUUUUGAUGUAGCUUAAGCUUUGAUUCGUUCAUCAGUUCCUCUAAUUUAGGAAUAUGAUUUUACAAAAGAAAAAUAGAAAUUAGACAUCAAUUUGAAACCAUCCACUAAACCUAGAUUAUAUUAAUUACGAGCAGCAAAAACUGUAAUAAUGGGAGAUUAUGCAAAAUCUGGUCUAAUUGUAUUACCUUGUGGUGCAGGAAAGACUUUAGUAGGAGUACUGUGUAUGAGUUUGAUUAAGAGUUCGACAGUUAUAAUUUGUGAUUCAAAUGUAUCUGUUGAAUAAUGGAAGAGAGAAAUAGAGGGUUAUACUACUAUUGAUAAUAGAAGAAUAAUACGUGUUACUGGAUUCGCAAAAGAUAAAUGGUAAGGUGAAUAGCCAAUAGUCAUUUUAACUACGUAUUCUUGGUUAAUAGCUCAAUUUAGAAAUAAUUCAUCAAGUACAAAGACUGUUUGGAAUUAAAUUUCAGAAGUUAGUUGGGGAAUUUGUAUUGUUGAUGAAGUACAUCGAUUACCUGCUGUGUAAUUUUAAAAUGUCUUAAAAUAAAUAAAGUGUGCUAUUAAGAUUGGUUUAACAGCAACUCUUUUGAGAGAGGAUCAAAAGUUGGAUAACUUGUAUUUUAUGAUUGGUCCGAAGUUAUAUGAAGAGAAUUUAAUUGAUCUUAUGACUUAAGGAUUUUUAGCAAAACCCCAUAUUAUUGAGAUACAAUGUGAUAUGCCACCUAUCUUUUUAUAAGAAUAUCAAACUAAAAAUAAUAUGACUGUCAGAUAAUUGUUACAUACAGGGAAUCCUGGAAAAUAUAAAGCAUUACAAUUUUUGAUAAAGAAUCAUGAGAUGUUAGGACAUAAGAUUAUUGUGUUCUGUGAUUCAUUAUUAAUUCUUAAUUAUUAUGCCCUCUUAUUAGGAUACCCAGUUAUAGAUGGAGAUUUAAAUACUGAUGAAAAAAAUAAAAUCUUUAGUAUUUUCAAGAAUUCGAAUGAAAUAAAAACAAUUUUUGUGUCUAGAGUUGGAGAUACUGGGAUUGAUAUUCCAUCUGCUAGUGUAGGAAUUGAAAUAGGGUAUUUGGGAGGAUCGAGAAGAUAGAAAGUAUAACGUUUAGGAAGAGUUAUGAGACCAAAGCAAAAUACAAAUCAUGAAAUUCAAGCAUUCUUUUAUUCUUUAGCCAGUAAGGAUACAACUGAAAGUGAGUAUUCAUACAAACGAUAGAAGUAUAUCACAGAAUAGUUGGGAUUAAAUACUGAAUUGAUAUUGGAAGGUGAUUUACCAUAUAAUAAAAACCCAUAGAAAUACAAAUAUAUCAAAUAAAUGAAUGAAAUGGACUUAUUAGAAUAGAUAAUGCUGUCAUCUAAUGAUUUAACAAAUAAAGUAAUAGACUAAAUUGAGGAGGAGGUUCAAGUGGUAACAAACACUUUUUCUUAGGAAUUUGGUGGUGUGUACAAAUUUUAGUGA